UAGCCUUCCAACUUUCCCUGAGUCUAGGGGCCUCUUCUUCCUCUCCUCUGAUUCCCGAACUGACCUGUUGAACAGAAGGGGAGCUUGGUUGGUUUUCUUCUGCUGAGUCUCUUAAACUGGUGUGGAUUUGCUAAACUGACUGACUAUAAAGGAAAAAAAGAAGACAAGGAAAUGGAGGCCAAUGUGGCUGAGAUGGGAAAAGCCAAGGUGCGAGUUUCAAAAUCUCUCUCAGAGGGUGAAAAAAGAGCUAUUGCAUCCAGGAAGGAAGUGGUGAAGAGAGGCCUUGACAAGCUCGGGAUUCCUUGUGAUCUGGACAAAGUCCCCAAUAUUGUUGUCUUGGGAGCAGGGGGAGCUGUGAGAGCCAUGGUUGCCCUUUAUGGCACAUUAUCAGAGCUGAAGAAAUACAACCUCUUGGAUUGUAUUAUGUACUUGGGUGGGGUGUCAGGUUCUACCUGGUGUGUGUCAGCCCUCUACAAAGAUAAAGAUUGGACAGAAAAAAUAGAAAUCUUGGAAAAACGUGAGUGUGAAAACCUUGUCCAUGGAGAGUGGGAAUAUGAGAAGGCUGCAAAAGCUGUGAUAGAGGCUAUAGAAGAUGAAUGUUACUCCCUGACUGACUUCUGGUCCUAUUUCCUUGUGCAUAAAAUGUUGAACCAGUUGGAUGAGGGUGAAUUAUCUGCACACAAAGAAUCUUGUGAGAAUGGAAAAAAUCCGUAUCCUAUAUAUGCAGCUGUAGACAAGGACACGUACCUGACACACAAUGAAGGCACUUGGUUUGAAUUUACCCCACAUGAAGCUGGAAUUCCUGGUCUAGGAGCAUAUGUAGACAGCAAAUACUUUGGAAGCUCCUUUGAAAAUGGAGACUUGACCAAAGAGAGGAAGGAGAAAAAUAUCUGUUAUCUCCAAGGUUUAUGGGGAAGUGCCCUUGGAAGUGAGCAAGAAGUUUUGAAUAAUAUAAAAGGUGCUUUAAAAGAUUUUCCAAAACAUGGCAGAUCUGAAGAUACUCCUUCAGCAGAUAUUGAUAAAGAUGACCAGAACCUUAAUAAACUCUUUGAUGGUUAUCAAUCUGUUCUGGAACUGAAGCUGUCUGAAUCAUCAGAAGAAAGCGAAGCAGAGAAACAAUUUGACCAUCUAGAAACUAUCUUGGAAGGCUUCAGCAAAAGCUAUGAGUUGCUCAGAAGGAUCCGUCAGACCUGGCAUUCUGAAAAUACAGGGGAAAAAACUGAAGACUGUAUGAGUCUGAGCCAAGCUAUCGACGAGGAUUUUGGGGGUUUUGCAAAUGAUUCCUAUCGUGUUUUCCAUAAUGUGAUAAGAAAGACCUUUUUGUGCCUUUUGAAAUGGACAUGGGGAAGCACACAUAACUUCCUGUACAAUUGUUCUGAUGUUGAAUUCCCUGAGCUGACAAACAAACCCAUUGUCUCACUGAUUGAUGCUGGUCUCACCAUAAACACUGCUUACCCAUCUGUUGUGAGGCCUGAGAGGCAGGUGAAGCUGAUCAUCUCCUUUGAUUACAGCGCUGGAGAUCCUUUUCUGACCAUUAAGAAAGCUUCUGAGUAUUGCAAAGCAUAUGGAAUCCCAUUUCCUGAGAUAAAUGAGGAAGAACUGCAAGACAUAGAUAACCCAUCCGAUUGCUACAUCUUCAGAGGAGAGCAGGCCCCAACGAUCAUGCAUUGCCCACUGUUCAACAAAGUCAACUGUCCAGGCAAAAUUGCUGAAUACAGAGAGGAGUUUUCAACAUUCAAGCUCAGCUACUCAAAUGAGGAGGUUGAAAAGUUGCUCAUUGCAGCAAAGAAGAAUGUAGCAAAUGUUCAGGAAAAGAUUCUGCAGGAGAUAAAGCGUAUUGUGGGUCCUUCUUCAUAGAAGGCUUCAGCAAACAUUUUCUGCUCUAAUGGCGAGUUUACAUGAGGCUUAUUUACUUCACCAGUUUCUUAAGUGUGGGUCUCACCUAAAUAUUUGUCAUUUUCCUGGCAGGUAUUGCUGCCAAAUAUCAUGAACAACCUGGCCAACAUUUUGCAUCCUCCAUAAUGUCUGCCAAUUUCCUCUUUGAUUUAGUAUGAAUUAAAUGUUUUUGUCCCAAGGUAGAAAUCCUGCCUUUUAAACCAAUGGGAUUUAAAUUGGAUUAAUGAUGAUGGACAAAUUUUUGCCACGAAAACCUCAGCUUGCGUAAGUUGGAAAUGACUUGAAUAAUAAUAAAACAGACAAAUAAACAAAGAUAACAGAGGACUGUGAGAAAACACUUUUUUCAGUAUUGUAACAGUUUUUAAUGUGUUUUAGGGUGUUGAAUCCAAAAACAUAAUAAAAAUUAUACAUUUAUUUUCUUUUUUAAAAAAUAUAUAUUUUUAUUUUCUAAAUAUAAACUAUAAAAAUUUCUGUUCUGUUAGUACACAAUCACAAUCACAAAUUAUCUCAUUGUAAUAAUACUACAGUCUU